AGCGGGAGCCGAGCGAUCCCGGGGGGCUGAAGGCGCGGCAUCCACCACCCGGAACCCGGCCGGGUCUUCUUCCAGCGCGUCUUAACUCCCUUCUCCUGUCUCGCUUCCUCCUCUGCCUCUUCCUCCUCGUUGCCCCCGUCCGAGUUGCCCGAGAGACCGGGACGCCGUCGCUCCGAGGGACCAAUGAGAGCCCCGCUGCUGCCGCCGGCGCCCGUGGUGCUGUCGCUGCUGAUCCUCGGUGCAGGUGAGGACGCCCGGGCUCGGAGCUGCCGGGCGCUUCUCCCACGGCGGGCAGAGGCUGUCGCCUUUUGAAUGGCCACUUCUCCACGGAACUCCCCAGGGCUUCCCGGACGCUGUCCGUCAGAAGGAGGUCAUUAUGCUGCUGGAUUGGAUCUCAAUAGCACCUACUCUGGGAAAGGGGGAUCGUUUUCUGGGGACCACAGUGCUGACGGAGUUGAGGUGACCUCAAGGAGUGAGAUGUCCUCAGGAAGCACGAUUUCCCCAGUGAGUGAAAUGCCUUCUGGUAGUGAACUGUCCUCAGGAACCGACUAUGAAUAUUCAGAAGAGUACGAUCAGCCACCUCAAAUAUCUGGCUAUAUUGUAGAUGACUCAGUCAGAGUUGAACAGGUAGUUAAACCCAAGAAAAACAAACCAGAGAGUGAAAAGACUUCAGACAAACCCAAAAGAAAGAAAAAGGGUGGCAAAAAUAGAAAAAACAAAAGAAACAAAAGGAAGAAAAACCCAUGUGAUGCAGAAUUCCAAAAUUUCUGUAUUCAUGGAGAAUGCAAAUAUUUAGAGCACCUGGAAACUGUAUCAUGCCUAUGUCAUCAGGAUUACUUUGGUGAACGGUGUGGAGAAAAAUCUAUGAAGACUCACAGCAUGAUUGAUGGUGAUUUAUCAGAAAUUGCUUUAGCAGCCAUAGCUGCCUUUAUCUGUGCCGUGAGCUUCACAGCUGUUGCUGCUGUUAUUACGAUUCAGCUUCGUAAACGAUACUUCCAUGAAUAUGAAGGAAAAGCUGAAGAACGAAAGAAACUUCGGCAAGAAAAUGGAAAUGCACACAUCAUUGCGUAACUGAAGAUAACAUUACAGGGUAUUCGAUCAGGUUCACUGCCAAGUCACAACCAUGAAUGAUGAGUCAGUUCCUCUUUUCAGUGGAUCAUAAGAAUAUGGAGCCUUUGUGUUCUGAUGGUUUUAAACUAUCAAUUGUUGCUUUUUAUGCUGUCUUAUUUCUGUACAUAAAGGUGC